AAUAGAUAUCUCUUGUUCUGUGUAGUGUCUUUGAGGGAUCUGUAACGUAGUUUCGGCGCGGUUUUAAAUCUGUUUGGUAUCCUAAACCAACAGGAAGAGAAGAGUGUUCCAACAACGUGUGAAAAACUCUUCUUCGCGUGCUGCAGCGUGUUGCAAGAAGGCAGAUAAAAAGAAAUACACGGUGUUUGUUCUGCAUCGUCCAGGAAGGUGUGAAGCGAAAGGAACCACCCUUCUUCCUGGUGGUUGUUAUGAAUGAAAAUACAGCUCUAGCGGUCCCAAUCGCUCGCCGGAGAAAAUAAUAAAAAAAAGUGUGUUAACUGUUUGCAAACGAGUUUGCUUUGCCGGUGUUGAAAGUGCAAAAUUCAUACAUCAUUCCACCUCCAGAGAGUGACGAUAUGAGCCAAUAAGUGUUCAAUAGAGUAGGUCUUUCAUCGAGGACUGAGUGAGCCAGGCGCGCAACCAGUUUCAAAGAUUGUAACGUACUUAAAUUACAUCAGUGGAUGAAUGGGAUUGUCAUUAAAUAGCAGCUAAACGGGUCAUAAACCAGUUGUUGAUAAGUUGAUUGUUUUUGACCCCAAGAAUCUCAUCAAACAAGUGAUAUGCUGUGUUGGCCGUGUAUAAAUUUCCGGUUUCCUGUUUGCUGAUUUUGGAUCUCGCUUGAGUGCUGUGUGAAAAGAUUGUCGGUGUGGGUUUUUCGCAGAACAGAAUUUCCAGAACAAAACAAAGCAGCAUUAGCUCCAGCAUUUCAUCACAACAGUCAGCGACUACCUAGGACUAGACGGUCGAACAUUUCUUCGCAUAAAGUUGUAUCGCAAGAAGAUUUUUUUUGAUGCGGUGGUUAGCUGACGGAGCUUGUUAGUCGAUUAUAAACGUACAAAUACCCCACUGCAGGGCGUGGGAUGCGAUGUCUUGUUAUGUCAUUUAACAUGUGAUUAAAGAAAGUGUGUCAUUUUGGAAGACCUUUCCCGUUAAAAAAAGUGUGUCAGUCAGUAUAUUCAAGCAAGAGAGAAUCAAAAUGAAGAUCAAUGCAAAAUAUGUGUGUGCCCUGUUGGCGAUUUUCAGUGUGAAGUACAUUAGCUGUGAUAGUUUGCCGUGUGAUUUCAUGGAUUCGCUCAACAUUACCGAUGGAAUUCGCGAUGCGUUGGGCAACAUCAUUCACAAUAGCAUCCUGUACAAACCAAAGUACUACAGGACGAUUGAUUACGAUUACGAAAAUUUUUCCACGAAAAAAUACGUACAGGAGUACAUCCGGGGAUGUCCUUGCGCGGUGCGGUUGUGCGUUAGAAUGUGCUGCCCCCGGGGAACAAUGCUGUUUAACAGAAAAUGUGAACCCUUCGAUGUCAAAAUGGAGGUACUAUUGAACACCAGUUUGUACAACGAGCAGCGAAAAUUCGAGCUGGUGGAUUUGGCGCAGCACAAUAUGUACGGGUUUCUGUAUGGAAAACCCUGUCAGCACGUGUACGAGCUGGACCAUCCGGGAGAUAAAUGGUCAUUAGCUAGGAAUGGCAGCAUCAUUUACGAUGACAAACUGUACACCAGGAACCGAUACUGUUUUAUGCAAAACAAUCUCUCGGAACCUGUCAUGCCGUUCGUGUGCUUUGAAACGCAGGAGGAGUUCAAGUACGCACUAUAUCCGAUAGGAAUGCUUCUGUCGGUUCCGUUCCUGCUGGUCACGUUCUUCGUUUAUGCCUGCAUUCCGGAGCUGCGAAAUAUGCACGGAAAAUCGCUGAUGUGCUACGUUCUGGGAUUGGCCGUUGGCUACACGGUUCUGUCGUUGGUUCAGAUGGCCAUUUUUGAGGGAAAGUCCUUGCCGUGCAUGUUUCUCGGAUAUAUGGUGUAUUUUUGGUUCAUGGUUAGCUUCUUCUGGCUGAACGUGAUGUCCUUCGACAUCUACUGGACUUUCAGGGGAGUCCGUGGUGCCAAAAGUACCGAGCGAAAAAAGUUUGCCCUGUACUCGUUGUAUGCUUGGGGCUGUCCGCUGCUUCUGACAUCAAUUGCUCUAAUUAUCGAUAACACCGAACUGCUUCCCUUGAGCUAUAGGCCUAGCAUAGGUGUUACGCGCUGUCUAGUAGCAGAAGACAAAUAUGUGGAAUUUUUCUACCUGUACCUGCCGCUGUUGCUGCUGGUGCUUGCCAAUGUAGUCUUUUUCGUAAUUACCGCGACGCGAAUCAUCAAAAUCCAACGGGAAACUUCCAUGGUGAGGCGUGGAGAUUCCAAGCGCCACUCAAAGCUGGACAACGAUCGAGAUAGGUUCGGCCUAUACCUGCGACUGUUCAUCGUGAUGGGAGUGACCUGGUCCCUGGAGGUGGUCUCGUGGGCCGUGAACAACGUCGCUUGGAUGUUCUACAUCUCGGACAUCUGCAACUGCAUGCAAGGAUUCCUGAUUUUCAUGCUGUUCGUGUGGAAGCAGAAAAUCAAACGACUUAUCUACAAAAAGUAUGUUCGGGAUUCCGUUGGGCGAAGCGGAAAUGUCGUUAUCAAGCUCCAGCACGCGUACGACGACCACCACAGUGACGUCCUCGUUCAACGGUUCCAAAAUGGACAGACCAUUGGUACAUCGAGUAAGUCUGGAUCAGCAUACGGCACCUCCGACUCCAACUCCAACGGUGCUGGACACCUCGGAAAAGCGCUUGAAGCUCAACAAGUUCGGUUGAACGUGGAAACGCAGCUGCUGCUGGUACCGAGGUCGGUCAGCGUCGAUCGUACCACCGAAGAGAGUGAGCUGGCGAAUUGAAUUGUGUGGAUGGUACAUAUUUGGAACGAUGUUGGAAGAUAACCAAAGAUAUGAGAAGUGUUAAGGUCUACUAGUACAAAGCAUUUAGCGCAGCUAGUUUUAACUGAACCGGUUAGAUGGGACGUAUUCUAUAAGAUACGGUAGCUUCCUAAAUUUAAGUACGAUGGAAAAUAUUUUCUGAGAAAGCAUUUUAGAUACAGCAAGGUUGUACAUAUUUUUUUUCGAAUCAUUGUAAGGACCUUCUGACCGUCAAUACCAAUAAGGUAUUGUCAAUCCUUUUCCGUGCUGGUUUUUUAAUAUACGUCGUUGUAGAUUGUGCAUUUUACAGUUAGAGCAGAUAUAUUAAAAAUAAUGCUAGUUACCGAAGUAAUUAUUCUACGUCCUGUUUGUGAAACACGUAUUGCAAUUAGCCUUAAAUAAAUGUGCAUUUCAUCUUC